ACUUUCUCUUAGAGGGCCUCGCACUCGGCAUGUCCUGCCUUCCACCGGACACCUUGUCUCACUUCGAGCAGCGGGAGCAGGAGAUCCUUGCGCGAAACUCAGAGAUCGACAAGAAGCGUGCGGAGGCUGUGGCCCAGGCCUGCGCACCGUUUGGUCGAUGCCAAAAGAGAGUUUGCGCGAGGCAUCAACUGCCAUCCGCGAAGCUGAGUCAGCCUCACAGCGGAGGCCACAGACCAUCGAAGCAUCCGCGGAGUCCCAGUCCAAUCAGAGAGUCGAGGAUGCUAUGCCGGCCAUGCCGGCCAUGCCGUCACCUGGAGGUUUCGGCGGAGAUGGCGAGGCCCUGCACACGACCAUCCGCCUGCAGAAUGCACGGAUCCUUGCCUUGCAAGAGGAGCUGGACAAAGCCAUCACGGAGGCGACACAGCGAGAUAGCGAGGUGCAACAACUACGGCAGGAGAACAAGCAGGUCAGCGAAGAAGUGAAGCGCUUGCAGAAGACAAACGCUUCCCUGGAGCAGUCUCAGGAGAAGCUGAAGAAGCAGGUCUCGGCUUUGGAGUCCAAAACCAAAGACCUGGAGGUGGAAAGAGCCGAGCUGACCAAGGCGAGAGACCAGCUCGAUGUGAAGAUGCGAAAAGCGGAGGCGGACAGCAGCAGCAAGGAAGCUCGGCUAAAUCGCCUCACGGAGGAGUGCGAGAAGCUCAAGGCAGCGGCAAAGGAUGCCAGCCUGCAGGAGCGUGACCGCGUGUCCUCCGAUCGCAGGGAGGUGGACCGCUUGACCAACGAGGUUCGGAAGCUGGAGCGGCAGAGGACGGAGCUCGUGACUGCUUUCAAAAAGCAGAUGAAGCUCAUUGAGGUGCUGAAGAGACAACGCGCCCACAUGGAAGCGGCUCGCGUUUUGUCCUUCACAGAGGAUGAAUUUAUUCGCAUCCUGGAGCUGGGCGAUAAGCUUGGCGAGUGAGGAAUGCCUCGAUAUUUCACUGCGUCACACUGUGCAUUGCAACUGCUUGCUGAUGUGUCAUGCAUCCAUGUUGACCAGAUUCUAGGAGAUGGGGAUCUGGGAUGCUGUACAGUUCCCAGGGGUGCUGCGAUGGCGCAU